AUGAAUUUACAGAAUACUUGCUUGACUUCACCAGCAACAAGUAAUGAUUCGCAUAAUGUAGAGCAACCUACACCAUUGCGCCGAACACGUCCUUCAAUUGCAGGGUGUUUGACUGAAAAUAUCACACCAUUGAGUAAUAUCACAAACGGUUGUAGAUCACCACGUCAAGUUCAUAUUGGUAAAACAAUACAUGGUUCGGCAAUUGAAGAAGGACAUGUAAUUCAAAGAGAUUUGCUAUCAGCCUUUGAAGAGGAGUCUGUCCCUUUACGUCUACAAAUUCGCAAUGACGCCAUACCAGAUUUAAACAUUCCGAUUGACGAUGAGGAAUCUAUCCCUUUACGCAGUCCAAUGCCAAACCCGUGCAUACCAGAUUUAAACAUAACAAUUGACGAUGAAACGCAUAACUUCGAUACCAGAACAUCCUCUAUUCAUGCAAAUGAAGAGUAUUAUGAUUUCGGUGAUGCAAGCAAUAGUUGUGUCCAUUGUGGGGCGUUGUUUUGGGUCGAGGAAAGGAAGAAAAACUAUUCCUCUAAAGGUCCACCGAUGUUUCCAUUGUGCUGCAACAAUGGCAAGAUUAAGUUACAGGAGAAUGCGUUGCCACCUAAAGGUAUAUUUGACCUAUUUUUUGGCAAUGAUGAAUUAUCAAAAAAAUUCCUCCAGGACAUCAGAACAUACAACGCCAUGUUUUGCUUCACAUCAAUGGGCGGAAAGAUAGACAAGAGCUUGAACAAGGGCGGAGCACCACCUGUGUUCAGGUUAAGUGGUCAAAACUAUCACUUAAUGGGCAGUUUCCUACCAGAAGACGGAAAAGAACCACAUUUUGCUCAGUUGUACAUAUACGAUACGGCAAAUGAAAAGAACAACCGUAUAAAGGCUGUGAGGGGUAGAGUUGAUCAAGAUGACAUUCACGUAGAAAUAGUGAAUGUCAUUCAGAAUGAGUUGGAUCAAAAUAAUGUUUUGGUUCAGUCUUUUCGGAUGGCUAGAUCUGAGCUUGAUAGUAACCCAUGCGCUGAAGUCAAAAUAAAGUUAUUAGGGAAACGCACUAAAGAUGCAAGGACAUACAACCUGCCUCAAGUGUCUGAAGUAGCAGCGUUAAUAGUUGGAGAUCUGGAUACCAAUAUUGGUGAGCAUGAUAUUGUUGUUCAAGCUAAAGGUGGGCAAUUGCAAAGAAUUAGUGAAUUAAAUCCUUCAUACCUCCCACUGCAAUACCCCCUGUUGUUUCCAUAUGGUGAAGAUGGAUAUCGGGAAAACAUUGCAUUCUCUAACGUACAUAGCAGUCGUUCAGCCGGUGGUCGACAUAGGAUUAGUCACAGGGAGUAUUUCUGCUAUCGGUUACAGACAAGAGAUUCUAUUACCAGUACGUUGCUAUUUGCAAAGCGCCUGUUACAACAGUUUGUGGUAGAUGCAUACACGAUGGUGGAGUCUGGAAGACUCAUUUAUAUCAGGACACAUCAAAAAAGCUUAAGAUGUGAAUCAUACAGUGGAUUGACUGAUGCUUUAACCAGGGGUGAAGUAAACCCUGCAGCACAAGGUCGAAGAAUAAUACUACCCUCAAGUUUCACAGGUGGUGCUCGGUACAUGAUACAAAACUACCAAGAUGCAAUGGCAAUAUGUAGAUGGAUUGGUUAUCCGGAUCUAUUUAUAACAUUUACAUGCAACCCAAAGUGGCCUGAGGUACAACGUUUUCUAAAAGAUCGCAGGUUGAAAGCCGAAGACCGACCUGACAUAAUCUGCCGUUUGUUCAAGAUGAAGUUGGAUUCUUUGAUUACUGAUUGUCGAAAGAAUAAACUUUUUGGCUCUGUUGCUGGAGAGAUACCAGAUGAAAAGACAGAUGUGCAAUAUUACAAAGGGGUGGAGGAAUUUAUGAUGCAUGGGCCAUGUGGAAAAGCAAGGACAAAUUCUCCAUGUAUGGUAAAUGCACGAUGCUCGAAACAUUUUCCUAAGAGAUUUGUUGAGAGUUCUACAUUUGAUGCUGAUGGGUACCCGGUAUAUAGAAGGAGAGACAACGGCAAUAUAGUUACAAAGAACGGGAUCGCAUUGGACAACAGGUACAUAUCACCAUGUGAAGCAGUUUGGCGUUUGUUUGGUUUUGAUAUACAACUUAGGGCGCCUUCAGUUGAAAGGUUAAGCUUUCACCUUCCAAAUCAACAAAGCGUGAUAUUUUCAUAUGACGAUCCUGUCGAGAACAUUGUAAAUAGACCAACAAUAGCACAAAACAUGUUCUUAGAAUGGUUUGAAGCGAAUAAAACUUUCCCAAAUGCAAGAGAGCUAACUUAUGUUGAAAUGCCCACAAAAUUCGUUUGGAAGAAAGACGUCCGAAAAUGGCAACUAAGGAAAAAAGGUUUCUCAAUUGGUCAGAUAUUUUAUGUUCCCCCAGCUACUGGCGAAAUAUUUUAUUUGAGGUAUCUCUUGAAUAAAAUACGUGGGCCUACAAGUUUUGAAGAUAUCAGGACUGUAAAUGGUGUCAUCUAUGACUCAUUUCGAGACGCGUGUUAUGCAAGAGGUUUAGUUGAUGAUGAUAACGAAUAUGUUGAUGCAGUUGAAGAAGCCAGUCAUUGGGCGUCAACAGAUCAACUGAGGAGACUAUUUGUUACAUUGCUAAUGAGCAGUUGCAUGGGUAAACAUGAGACCGUUUGGUAUGCUGUGUGGCCACAUUUGUCAGAUGAUGCACAAUUCAAUAUCCGAAAACAAUUGCACAAUAGAGGUACUCAUACAUUCCACCACUACUUUUCGUUAUAUUGA